AUUUAUUUUUACCUCCUUUGCUUCUUGCUUUUAUUUCUUUCGCUUCUAUACCCUCUUCUGCCCUUCAGUCUUUCAAAUAUGGAUGAGCAUGAACUUGAACUGAUUUAUACACAGCAGCUUAGUGAAGAAUUAAACAAGCAGACGAAAGCAAAGAUCACAGACUUCAUCCAGAAGCAUCCUAUCAAUUUCGGACUAACUGAACUGGUUUCAUCGUCGAGUCCAAAUACGAGUAACAGCAGUAAUAAUGAUCCUUCUCAAGAUCAGUUGGAUCCUGCGAUGCCCAAUGAUUUGGCUAAUCUGUAUCAGGAAGUCUUUGCAAGCUACAAUGAUAACGGAAUACAAUUUAAUCAUGUUCUGAAUUGGUCCUUUGCUUGGAGACAACAACUUACAUACAGAACUCUAACUGAACUAUAUGGAGUCGAAAAGAUCGUAGCCUCAACUCACCCCAGAGCAAAAAAAGCAGUAAAUCAGAUCUGUUUAGAAAGGUUAGAUCAAUAUAUGCAAUGGUUUCCUUGGUCGUGGUUUUCAAACUUACGAUUUAUUGGAGCAGGUGGGUUCUCAGCUGUCUAUGCUGCUCAAAUGAACCCUCCUUACGAUAUUGAACCAAUGAUGGUGGCAUUAAAAGUUGUGGAUGAGAAAAUCUUGAACGAGAUUGCCGUGCAAGGGAAAGCCUUUUUGCCUCUCUUGUUCCAAGGCGUAACCGUCUGUGAGAGUACAGGAGACUUAAUGAUGGUUAUGAAAAUGAGCAAUGAUGGCAACUUAGAGGACCACAUGCAGCAACUGCCUCUCGGUGAUUUAGACUUGAAGACUAUUACAGGAACUAUUUUACGUUUGGCUGUGAAUCUGGCUGAUUUACACAAAGCGGGAUUGUGUCACAGAAACGUUCAUCCAAGCAACAUCAUUUGUACGGAUAAUGAUUAUUUUUUGGUCGACUACAGAUUCUCAACACCAUCCAAAGAGUCCUCUUCGGUUACAGCAUUAACAAGAGCCGUCUAUGGACGGCUGCCUUAUAUAGCACCUGAAGUCAAAAAGGGCAUUUAUACAGAAAAAGCAGAUAUUUACAGUUUAGGCAUUAUCAUUUGGCAGCUAGUCAGCAAAGUUAUUUUUCCUUCGCCAGAUGUGCUGCUUGAUGCAGGCAACAGUAACUCAGCGAGAAGUAUUGCUAGCAAAAAUAGUAACAGUAAUGAUGACGGAUUUCUGGAAAAUGUGUAUCGUAUCGAGCCUGUGCCAGGAUUACCCGAUUGGUACCACGACUUAUAUAUAUCAUGCUUGGAACCCAAGCCUGAAAACCGGCCCACCGCAGCACAGCUAUGUGAAAUCUUACGAUUGAUUCAUGAUAGUCUCAAUUAUUCCGUACCUUUGAAUGAAAAGGUGACAGAAUAUAUCGUUGCAAGGCGCGCUGAGGUUGCAGAUCAUAUCCGAACCUACGCCAAAAUAAAAGGUAUUGUGUCUGCAUCAACGACGCGACUAUUCACCCUUUCCAAUCUACCAUCAACAGAAAGUUUCGUAAGGCUACCAUUCACACAUAAAGAAUUCGACAUUACACAUUGGUAUCAAUUGCAAUUAGUACAGCAACAACAGCAAACUGCUUCUAUGCAAUCGAAUGACCCAACAUUGUAUCAACAGAUAUCUCCCUCUUCUGUUUCACCAACCGACAUAUUUCUAAACCUGGAGAGCGUACAUUUACUGGUGUAAAACGCAUCUUUAUCCAUUAUUUAAUGCAUAUUGGAAGGGUUACUUAAAUCUUUCAAUUUUAUAAUCUUAAUAGACACGCAUAAGCCACUUUCAUAAAUAAACACAUAUUCAUCACGACUUAUGUACUUAAAACUUAAAGAAGUUAGAAAGUAUUAAAAGUAGCAUUUUCUAUGCAUUAAGUUACGGACAUGAUUAGACACGCAGAAAAUAAAGAGUAAAGGGCGUCACGAAAUUAGCUUUUUGACAAUCGGUGUUAUUCAAUCAAACUCCUGCUUCCAAUCCCAUCUUUUAUCUCCUUU